AUGGGAUGGGUGAUGAAUGAAGUUUUAAGGCUAUACUCACCAGCACCAAACGUACAGAGGCAAGCAAGAGAAGAUAUUAAAGUGAAUGAGCUAAUAAUACCUAAUGGAACCAACAUGUGGAUCGAUGUUGUAGCCAUGCACCAUGACCCUAAGCUAUGGGGGGAAGAUGUGCAUGAGUUUAAACCAGAGAGGUUCAGAGAUGACCCACUGUACGGUGGAUGCAAACACAAGAUGGGGUUUUUGCCGUUUGGUUUUGGAGGAAGAAUGUGCAUUGGUAGGAACUUGACGACGAUGGAGUACAAGAUUGUGCUAACCUUAAUUCUCUCUAGGUCUUCGUUCUCCAUCUCUCCAACUUACAGUCAUGCUCCUGCCAUUGUUCUCUCCUUGAGGCCUAGCCAUGUGAAACACAUGAUUGUUCCAAGUUUCAAGCGCAAUGGAUUGAAGAAACUGAAACUUCGGAUGGAGAACAACUUCGGUGGUUGGCGUAUUCCUGGAAGCGGGCUGGAUGGGUAG